GCUGAGAAGAAGGAAGAACCCAGUCUACGAAGAAACAGCAAUUUCUCCGGCGUACGAGUCCUCGACUCAUAUCUCUCCUCUUCGAUCUGUCUCUCUCAAGCAGAUCCGUGACAAGAGAUAAGACAAGCGCCUCUCUUCCUCUCUUCCUCUCCCCCUUCUCUUUCGUCUCCCUCCCCUCUUUCUUUGAUCUCCUUCUCCCCCUUCCUUCUUCGUCUUCUCUUUUUUCUCCGGUUUCUCUCCCGUCCCUCUGACUCUGUCUUCCCCUUCUUCUGCGGCAUGUUCUUCUCGUUUUCAUCCGGUCUUCCAUCUUCACAAACGCGUUCGCUCUUGCUUUCUCACUCCGACCUGUCUUGGUCAAAUCGAAAGAGCAAUUCCAUUGCAUGACCGUGUCUCAGGCGUCUCCUUCCCUCGGUCUCUGUUUUUUCAUGUCUUUCUUUCAGCUUGGAACUUCGUUUUUUACACUCCUGCUUCUCUUGAUUUUCUGCCUUUCUUCGCUUCGAGGAAGCCAAACAACCAGCAGACCCGCUCUUCUCAAAUACAUUCGCCGCACCAUUCACUUUCCUCAGUCCACCGUCCAUUUUCCUUCUCCUCCCCUGUUCCUGCAUAUUCACAAACGCAUGCCUUCAUCUCUGUCUUCCAUCAAACCUAUAUAUAUAUAUAUAUAUAUAUGUAUGUAUAUCUGUGUAUGCACGGAUACACCUACAUAUACAGCCAUAUGUAUAUAUAUAUAUACAUGUUUAAUGUACGAUGCUGGGUGGUGCAUUUCUGCGUGCGUUGUGAGGAAAGCGUUUCUUGCCGUUCUCUCGCGCCUUUUGUCUCUCUGCAGCGUAUGUUGUUUCUCAUUUCUUCGAGUGCGACCUGUAUGCAAUGAGGCGGCAGGCUUGUCGGCUCUCCGCGUCCUGUGUGACUGAAAAUGGAUUGGAUUAUCCUCGUUUUUUUUCUUCUCUACUUCUUGAUCACUCUGCUGGCGAACUUGAAGCUGCUUUUCUACUUUGAGCACUCGAGCGACAGUAGCCUCACUGCCCCCGAAGUCGUCUGCAAGGUCACGAUUCUCGCUGGACUUCAACUGGCCUGGCUGCUCAUUCUUGCGGUUCCUCUCGACGCGUACAAUCAACACUCACCCUUCGUUGACAAAGCUGCAGGCGUCGCCACAGCCGGUCUGGACAUGCGUCUCUACUGGGGGGUCGUAGCUUGGUUCACUGCCCUCUACCUCCUCUUCGCCGUCCCCUUCGCGACCUUCUACUAUGAGGCAGAUUUCGACUCGCGCGUGAGUCGGAGAACUCCUUGGAAACGCGCGCUGUCAAAAACAGUCCUCGCUGUGUGCUGUGCCGGCCUCGUUGUCUUCGUCGUCUACAUUCUCUGUCGGUCCAUCAGCCUCAAGAUCGACGACGACCUCUGUUCUCAGUGGCAGUCGCAAGAUGUCUCACAGCCUCUCAAGGACUUCUGCGAGGCCGCCGCGCGAACCGCCGCAGGUCCUUCUUCCUCGCAGAGCGAUGCAAAGAAGGAAGAGAGUUUCGCUUCUCUCAACAUGAAAGUAGAUCUGGGCGUGUAUCUUCUUGCUGCGAUGAGUUUCGUGGGCUGGUUCACCUUUGCGCUCUUUGGAGGCAUUGGUGUCGCUGCGCUGCCUCUCGACGCCUUCGUCAACUUCCGCCGCCGUCCUCGGGCCAUUUCGCUCUCCACGUUCAAAGAGAUUCGUCGUCAGCUGGGGGAGAAGGCGAAGAAGCUGCGCUUCAUAGGCGAGGCGCUUCGCGACGAAGAAGCCUUGCAGCAGACCCUUUCGUGGAAAGAAGUUCGGAGAAAGCGGCAGUUCCGCACCGAUAUGAAUCGCUACAGGAAGGCCGUUUUCGAUCUGGAGCACGAGCACCGGCAGCUGGCCAUCAGCAUGCGCGAGCGCGGCGAAAAUCCUUUUUUCUCGUACUUCAAACUUCUGCUAGGCGUCGUUGCACUCUUCAUGUCGCUCCUGUGGACUGCUCACACAGUCCUUAACUGCGUGGUGCCUCAGAUCCUGGAUGUCUCUGCCUCGUCGCAUCCCGCCUUCGGUUUCCUCGACGCCUUCCUCAAGCUUCUCGCAGAACACUCAGCUGCCCUUCUCGCGCUCCUCAUCUACGCUGCGUUUGUCUGUUACCUGCUGAUAUGCGUCGUCAAAGGGUGCUUCAAGUUCGGUGGAAGUGUUUUCUGUAUCAUUGGCAUCCACCCCAUGCGGAAAGACGAGACGCAUUUGAAUUCUUUUCUCUUCAACGUCGUCCUCGUUCUCCUCUCCUGUGCCGCCGUCGUCCAAUUCACAGCGCGCUGCUUCCGGGACUACAGUCACUCGACAGUUGCCGCGUGGAUCUUCGACGUUCAGCUUCUCGUCCUGCCUUUCUUCGGGUUUGUUUUCAAGUACAACAUCUUCAUCUACAUUUUCUUGGGCAUUGCUCUGAUCUCCGCAUGCGUCCUUCUGUGCCGCCUGUGUUCGGCGCCUCCGCCCUCCGCGACGGGCGCGAAGAAGCUGUCUCCCAUCGGGGCCUUCCCCUCUCUCGCCCAGCGGCUUCGGGCGACGACCGCGGAGGGGACAGUUGGAGCCCAACUAGCCACGCCCGACGGAGACACGGAGACAGCUCUGGGCGGGAGCCGACGAGGGGCUCAGGAGAGAGGCGACCCGCGAAAGGCCAAGAAAAAGGGCAGCAAGAAAGGAGAGAAGCCGCGCGCGGACGCCGACGUCGUGCGCGCGCCUCCAGGAUGUCCAGAUGGCGGACUCAAAGUCCACUUCGCCGUUCGACAGGCGAACAGAAGCGAUAGCGAAGACGACGACAGAGACGAAGGAACUAACGGCCGCGAGAGUGCAACGAAUGCUGUGCCUCACAAGAAGGCUUGGGGGAAGAGAAGCACCUCCCGCGUUGUGUAGGAGGCCGAUCUGAGACAUGCGCAAAAGCCGCCUCUCGAGUCUCCUGUUCAGAGCUCAGUUUCUUUCAGAAAGUUCGAAACACAACGCGUGAAGAGGGCUCUGAAGCGAAGUGACUGAGGGGCUCACGCCCUGAGUAUUUGUUACCAAGAAACCGCAAUCUGCGGCAGUUCUGCGGCUUGUCUACAGCAACGCAUCUGGUCUUGACGCGAGCUAUGAACGGACUCGACACAAGUCUCCUGGUGUGGUGUCUUGGCACCUGACCCCUUCUCAUUUCUUCUCUUUUUUUUCCCUCGUUGUCCGGUCUCUCGCCUUCUCCCUUUUGUCUUUUCUUGUCUCCAUGGUUUUUCCUCGGACUGAAACGGCGCUUGCCCCCCGAGAAACGCUGUUCUUCGUUUUUCAUUCUCUGUCGCGACGGGAGGAUUGGUUUUCUCAGCUGCGUUUUCCUCGGCGUUGCUGGUGGGGCGUCUCGGCGACUUGCGUUUCUUCUAGGAAAGAGCGCAGUUGUGAAAAAGGAAAGCGGAAACUUCCAGAGUGAACAUCAACAAGAUGUCUGUCUCAUGUGCACACAAGGUCCUUCCGAUUGCUGCGCACCCUCCCCCCAGAUUCACGGAGUCGACCGCUUUCAAGACAACUGCAAAAGGGUACAAUCCCCAUGUCUUCCUGGCGCGGGUAGUGCCUCCUUCACUCCCCUCAGUUUGAGCACAACUGCGUUUAUCGGGGGAAGCAGCUAGCCAGAGAC